AUGCUCCCGAAUCCUGAGAAUACGAACAGUACUGAUGCUGGCAGCGAUUCCUGCGUAGCGAGGAGCAGGAGGAGAUGGGGAGUAUUGAUUACUCUAGAGGAGCUGUCAAAAAUUUCCGACGAUUUCCGAGAACAACCGGCGACAUUUUCUGGUGCAAUGGCGCACGCCAUUGCUCCCGAUCCGUCUACUUCACUUCGUGGGAUCAGUAACGUUGAAUCUUGCCUGCCCCAGCGGCCUUACGAAGCUAGUGUGGCCUCGCCGGUCUGUACGUCCAGCUCCUACCCCGAGCUUGUCGACUGCGGGCCUGACACUGCCUGUACCACGCCUCCAGCGUCACCACGCACAUUCUAUCACGACGUCUCUAUUCCAAAUACUCCGCAAGAUUGUUUCUUCCGAUCUUACUUCUCGGACUCCAGCGUAUCUUCGCCAUCCCCCGGAAGUAGCCCUUCCGAUGGAUCAACCACGAUGGUUCCCAGGAUUGCUUCAAAUCCUACAGCAAUGCAGCGCGACGAUCAGACCCCACAAUCACCCAGACUCUUAGAUCUUGGACGUCCUGCCAAUGAUUUGGGCAGCCCAGACCUCUGGGAAUCCAAGGUCUCAUCCUUCCCCCAUUAUAUGGGUCCUCACAAGCCCGAUUACACUGACAGACCUGGCACCUACAUCUGUUCUCCCGUCUUCUCUGGGAGGGCUCAAGUUGUCACAAUUCCCAAACGUCGACUACCUCUUCUCCUUCCUCCGCCAAAACCCGGACCCGCGAUGCGUGGGGAACUCCACGAUGCAUCCUCCGGCAACACUUCAAAGACUCGGGCAAAAAAAAGACACCGGUCUCAGCCUAAGGGCUCGCCCCAACGCAUCCUGCUCACCAGGCUGGCGCAGGGAGCGGAGGAAAAUGUUGCCUUUAUUUAA